AGUGCAUGCAGUGAAGACCCUGGAUUCAUUGUGUGUUUGGCUCUAACCGGAGCAGCAACAAGUGUGUUUGGUCGCUUAGAAGCUAGGAAGGAUACAGUUUUGCAGAUAUACUACCAAAAUUACUACAAAGAUGCAGACUUCAGGAGCUUGUUGCAAGAAUGAGGGACCUGGCUACCCCACCCCCCUGGCUGCCAUGAAGUCACCACGUGAGAAGCUCUUGUACGUUACGGCUGUGCGUAGGAACACCCCUAUCAAGAAGCCAGAUUUCUUGGCUACCGUUGAUGUUGAUCCAGAGUCACCCACGUUCUGUCAGAUCAUCCAUCGUCUGAACAUGCCCAAUCUGAACGAUGAGCUCCAUCACACUGGCUGGAACACCUGUAGUAGCUGCUUCGGAGAUACCACCAAGUCCAGGAAUCGCCUGAUCCUUCCUUCCCUCUACUCAUCCAGGGUCUAUGUCAUUGACACCGGCACUGAUCCAAGAAGACCUGGAAUCUUCCAUACUAUUGAACCAGAAGACAUUGGCAAUCAGACUGGUCUUACUCAACCACAUACAACUCACUGCCUUGCUAAUGGAGAGAUUAUGAUCAGUUGUCUGGGAGACUAUAACAACAAGGGAGAAGGAAAAGGUGGAUUCAUUCUCCUUGAUGGCAAAACAUUCCAGGUCAAAGGUAACUGGGAGCAUCAUGGAGAACAUGCCCCCUUUAACUAUGACUACUGGUAUCAACCAUUUCACAAUGUGAUGAUCAGCACUGAAUGGGGUGCUCCCAAGGCAUUCCUCAAAGGAUUUGAUCCAGCUGAUUAUGCAAACAAUCUGUAUGGUAAGAGUAUCCAUGUGUGGGAUUGGACGACUCACAGAUAUCUUCAAGAGAUUCCACUAGGCGAUGAGGGUGCCAUACCGCUUGAGAUUCGAUUCCUUCAUAACCCAAGAGCCGCCGAAGGAUUUGUAGGAUGUGCCCUAGCUUCCACUGUCUUCAGAUACUUCAAGAAUCCAAAUGGAAGUUGGGCUGCAGAGAAAGUGAUCACCAUCCCUCCCAAGACUGUGGAUAAUUGGGCCUUGCCUGAAAUGCCAGGUCUUAUCACAGACAUCCUGAUAUCAAUGGACGACAGGUUUCUGUACCUCAGCAAUUGGCUUCAUGGUGAUCUGCGUCAGUAUGACAUCACUGACACCAAGAACCCUAAGCUUGUUGGACAGAUCUUCAUUGGAGGUUCUAUCGUCUCGGACGGAGCAGUCAAGGUCACUAAAGACACGGAGAUGACCAGUCAGCCGGAUCCUCUCUAUGUCAAAGGUCGUAAGGUCACAGGAAGUACUCAGAUGAUCCAGCUUAGCUUGGAUGGCAAGCGUCUCUACGUCACCAUGUCUCUAUACAGUAUGUGGGACAAACAGUUCUAUCCAGAUCUCAUGAACACCGGGUCUGUGCUCCUUCAGCUCGACGUUGACACCGAGAAGGGAGGUCUGACGGUCAACAAUGACUUCCUGGUCGACUUUGGAGAUGAUCCUGAAGGCCCUGCCCUGGCUCAUGAGGUGCGCUACCCUGGAGGGGACUGCACCUCAGACAUCUUUAUCAUAGAUACAGAAACCGAAGAGAUCCAGUCCCAGUUGUAGGCGUUGAUA